GUCAACUUCAAGUCCCCUUAGCCCCCGGCACUACGCUCAGGUCUGCUUCGCUUUGAAUCGUGCUUUCCAUAGUGCGACACUCAUAGCCGAGCGUUCUUUUAAUUUCUAGCCAUGGUCCGCGUAUCUGUAUUAAACGAUUGCCUCAAUAACAUCGUCAAUGCUGAGCGUCGAGGAAAGCGCCAGGUGCUUAUUCGUCCAUCCUCAAAAGUCACCAUCAAAUUCUUGAGUGUGAUGCAGCGUCAUGGCUACAUCGGCGAAUUCGAACUCAUUGACGAUCAUCGAGCGGGUAAAAUUGUCGUCCAAUUGAACGGUCGACUUAACAAAACGGGCGUAAUCUCGCCUCGCUUCAACGUCCAGGUCACUCAAAUUGAGUCCUGGGUGAACUUGCUGCUUCCGGCUCGUCAGUUUGGCAUCAUAAUUCUGACUACCUCUUCUGGUAUCCUUGACCACGAGGAGGCGCGUAGGAAGAAUGUGGGAGGGAAGCUUUUAGGUUACGUUUACUGAGUGAUCGCUUGGCGUCACAUACACUGCGUUGUAAAAUGGGUAUUAUACAGUCUACUCUCAUCCGUUCGGAGUGCGUUCGAAAAUUUUAGCCUGGACGUUUUGCAGCAUCCCAAUGCAACGCCUGAAGAUAUCCUGCAAAUUGCGCAAAAUGGACUCUAUUUGUUCUUGCAUCGUCGAGACUGAGCUUCCCAUUCCUGCAAUAAAAGAAUGGCUCAGCGACAUUUCCUGAGUCUAGAAAUAUCGCCA